AUGGAUGCCGCUACUGCUCCUCAAAAGGUUCCCGUCAAGCUCGCGCGCGUGACCAAGGUGCUGGGCCGCACUGGCUCGCGUGGUGGUGUCAUCCAGGUCCGCGUCGAGUUCAUGGACGACACGUCGCGCAGCAUUAUCCGCAACGUCAAGGGCCCUGUGCGCGAGAACGAUAUCCUGGCGCUGCUCGAGUCGGAGCGCGAGGCUCGGUAUGUACGGUGCGUCUAA